AGAAUUACGACAGGUCGGUGAUGUAGCGGCACAUCGUAUCGCAUCGUCAUAGUCAGCGUCCUUUGACACGCUUAACCGCGUACGAAAAACGAUUUCGCUACUGUUCCUCCGUUCCGUAAUUCUGAUCGUUCUGACCAUGCCAAGUGUUUACAGAAAAUCGCGCAAACUACGUCGUAGGCGAUACACGCGCACUUAGUGAAUUGAAGAGUUGGAAACCGCGCCCGAGUGAUAUACUUCGAAAGAAGCUAUCCGCCGUGCAGUGAACCAUCGUCGGAUAUAUUUGCUUUAUUGAUAUUUUAAGUGACACAGGCCUUGCGGUGCCUAUGCAUAUCGCCAGGUAAUAUUCAACUACAAUUUGGACCGUGUUUUAGAAUACAUUAAAGAUAAAGUGCUUGUUGUAUUCGGCUAAUUUAUUGAGUAGCCAUGUCGGAAAUAAUAUACCCUGCAGGAUGCAGGUCAGUCACCGAAGAUUUAGGUGCAGAUGAGCUAAUCAGAAGACUUAAGACACUAGCACACACACUGCAAGCCAUGGGACAAGAUGAGGGAAUGUACCAGCAAUAUAUUCCACUUGCGUUACACUUGGCAGAAGAGCACUUUCUGAUGCAUCAGAGCAAAGAUGUACAAUUAUUAAUUGCCUGCUGUAUUGCAGAUGUCUUAAGGGUUUAUGCACCAGAGGCUCCUUAUAAAGAUGCUGAACAGGUCAAAACAAUAUUCCUAUUUUUGAUUAAACAACUGGCAGGAUUAAAAGAUCCUAAAGAUCCUGCUUUUAAGAGGUACUUCUACCUACUUGAAAAUUUAGCUUAUGUUAAGUCAUUUAAUAUGUGCUUUGAGUUGGAGGAUUGUCAAGAGAUUUUCUGCGCAUUAUUUUCCCUAAUGUUCAAAAUAGUGAAUGAUGAACAUUCUGGCAAAGUUAAAAGUUUUAUGUUGGACGUUCUCUGUCCACUGAUUACCGAAUCGGACAUUGUCAGCAAUGAACUUUUGGAUAUCAUACUCAUGAAUAUUGUAGAGCCAAACAAAACACAAAAGAAAAACGCAUAUUUGCUUGCUAAAGAGCUAGUGAUUAAAUGUAGCGACACAUUAGAACCAUAUAUUCAAGCAUUCUUCAAUCAUGUCUUAAUACUAGGAAAAGAGGAGAAAAGUUUACAAAUUUGCAAGAAAGUGUAUGAUUUAAUUUACGAAUUGAAUCACAUAUGUCCGAGUGUCUUGCUGUCCGUCCUUCCACAGUUAGAAUGCAAAUUGAAAUCUUCCUCCGAGACUGAAAGAUUGGGCGCUGUAGCAUUGCUAGCGAGAAUGUUCUCUGAGAAAGGUUCGCAGUUGGCCGUGCAGCACACGCAGUUGUGGAGGGCGUUCCUGGGACGAUUCAACGAUAUUAGCGUUUCCAUUCGUAUUAAAUGUGUGCAGUAUUCGAUGCAUUUCUUGUUGAAUCAUCCCGAACUGAGGAAAGAUAUCACAGACACUUUGAAGUUAAGACAACACGAUGCUGAUGAGAGCGUUCGCUACGAAGUCGUUACAGCUAUAGUGACAACAGCCAAACGAGAUUUUGAAGUCGUAUCAGAUAGUGAGGACUUACUUGAAUUUGUCAAAGAAAGAACAUUGGACAAGAAAUUUAAAAUACGAAAAGAAGCGAUGUCUGGCUUAGCUAUGAUAUACAAGAAACACUUGAACGAUGCGGAUGUGCCGCAAGCCACAAAGAAGGCAGUCAUCUGGAUAAAAGAUAAAAUAUUGCAUGGUUAUUACAUGGCAGGCAUGGAAGACAGGCUGUUGGUGGAGAGACUGCUAAAUACGUGCUUAGUACCUUAUCAGCUACCAGCUGAAGAGAGAAUGAAAAAGUUAUACCACCUUUUAGGUACAAUUGAUGAUCACGCUUCCAAAGCUUUCGUGGAACUUCAGAAGCAUCAGCUUGCCGUGCGAAGAGCAGUGGUUGAAUGGAUAGAAAUUGUGAAGAAACCGGAUGCUAAGAACGAACUGGUGACGAAGAUUCAUCAAAUAUCGCGUUUUCUACCCGAUCCUAUGAAAGUGCAGGAAUUCCUCCAAAAGUUUAGCUCUCAUAUGAGGAAGGAGGCGAAAUUACUGCAAGAGAUGGAAACCAUCGUACAACCGAAUGUGUCCUGCAAGGAAUGUGCAGACACGAUAACUAAAGUUCUCAAAAGAUUAGGACAACCCGUCAUGACUAAUCUAUACUAUAAUACGAUUAAGAUGUUGCUUGAGAGAGUAAGCUCUGUUAUGAUUGAUGAGGAGGCGAUUAGGGUUUUGAUUGGAUACGUCUUAGACUGUUUAAAGAGUGGUAACGUGAUAGAAGAGGUCGGCCUUAACCCGAAUAAUGCCGGAGAAAAGGGACUGAGACUAUUAGUGAUGCUAUCGUUUGUGUUUGGCCCGCAUUUCUUGCAUAAUGAUAUCUUGAUGCAAUUGGUCAAUCUGCUCGAGUUAGAGGACGAAAUGGUGGCACCAUUAGUUCUCUCCAUCUUCACUUUCCUAGGCAAAUACAAACCUUUGUGCGACGUUGCACCAGAAAUAAUGAAUCUUAUGGUGCCGAUAUGCAAAAAUUUUGCCGAGACGGGAACGCCGAAGCAGGCAAAACAGGCCGUGAGAUGUUUAUUUGUUAACAUGACCAACAUUCACGACACCAUAUUCCCCGAGAUCAUAGAGAGAAUUAAGAACACGCUGACGCCGACGUCGGAAUAUUAUCGGACAUCUAUAGUCACAUUAGGUCACAUAGCAUAUAAUUUGCCAGACAAAUAUCCAGUACAAAUAAAAAAUAUGGUAUCCAGAAAAAUAGUUAAAGAAUUACUAGUGAAGGAAAGCAGCGAGCAAAAUGAGCCUAUCGAGGGAGACUGGUGCAGGGAGGAUCAAUUACCGGAGGAGACGCGAUGCAGAUUGGAAGGCUUGAAGUGCAUGGCACGCUGGCUGUUGGGAUUGAAGACUGAUGUGUUGUCGGCGCAAAAGACAUUCAGGAUGCUGAACGCCUUUAUGGUUAACAAAGGUGAUCUGCUGUCGCAAGGACGUCUGAGUAAAGCUGAGAUGAGUUGGUUGCGACUACAAGCGGGUUGCUCAAUGUUGAAGAUAUGCGAACAGAAAGGCGUCGGCGAUCAAUUUACUGCGGAACAAUUUUAUAAUCUUUCACAACUUAUGGUGGAUGAAGUUCCUCAAGUCAGAGAAGCUUUUGGCAGCAAGCUGCAUAAAGGUCUUGGGAGAGGAAUUCCAAACAAAUGUUUACCAUUGGAUUUCAUGGGAUAUUACGCUCUGGCUGGAAAGGAACAAGAUAAAAGAUUAAAAUGUGUGCUAAAAACAUAUAUGCAGACAGACAUAAAUAAGAGAAGGGAUUAUGUAAAGACUCUUUCGUUGGGUACAGUCGAGCGAGCUAUGGGUCAACUACCCCACAUUUUACCGGAUUACAUGCUAGUUUUCGCAGUACCUAUUCUCGCACAUGAUCCCGAAUUUACGAGUCACCUAACGGUGAGUCAGUUAAAAGUCAUUCAGCAGUGUCUUUGGUUCAUUUUGGAGCCUCUUAUCACGAAGAACGAAUAUUACUGUUAUGGAUUUUAUAAAAAUCUUGUGGAGCGUAUGAAGAGUCAUAAAGACGCAUUGAAGCCUGAGGACAACGAAAUGAAUUAUAAACUGUGGGCUGUUUGUGAUUUGGCGAUGAAUGUAAUAUACACAAAAACUACCAAUUUUGACAUGAAAGAGUUUCCGAGCGAGACGCGAAUUCCGACGAUGUACUUCAAGCGGGCGGACGAAACGAUGUCCAACAUUAAGAAUUAUUUACCAUCGGAACUGCAGAUAAACAUGACGACACAAAAAGGAAAAGGAUUCCACAACACACACACGACCAAUGAAAGACCACAGCGCAGAGCUAAGUCCAAACAGCAGAAGGAAGUGGGCAUUGGACCUAAUGAAACUGAUGCAAGACUGCAAGUUGAAGAAAUGGAAUGUAUCGAUGCACAGCCUGCCGAAGCAUCAGAGACCAGAAUUCAACUACCUGGGUUGGAAGAAGAAAUCGAGGAACCACCAGCGAAGAGGGCAUUAAAGGAAUCGGAUAAAGUAAAUAAAUAAUUCAGUGAUCGGACUAUACCCAAAGGGACAUUGGGAUGGGGAAAGACUUAAAGCACAUGAUGAUAAGCAAAUUAAAGGAUCUAAAGAAUACUUUACAAAUUAGAAAACAGAAUAUUUUGGUUAUGUAUAACAAUUAAUAAACCUAAGUCGUUCGUGUAUUUCUAGAAUGUAAGAUGUUAAGAUGGCACAUUAAUUGUCAUAAAAUUAAUGCGUGUAGGCUUACAAUACAGAAAGUUCUCUUUGGAUAGCAAGAAAGUUCUUUUUAUGGGUAAGAAAAUGAGAAGAGAAAAGAAAAUGAGAAGAGAAAAGAAAAUGAGAAGAGAAGAGAAACUUGAGUGAAACAACUUGUGGGUAAAAAAAGAGGAAAAGAAGAAAUAGAAUAAAAUGUUUGCUAAUUUCUCGCGGAUACAUCCUUAAAUGUUUGUUUGAUAAAAAUCGAUCAUUGAUAAACUGAAUUACAUAUUUUUACUUGUUAUUUUUACGAAUUAUGAAAGUCAUUUAUCAUAACAAAACACUUUUUUAGAUGAUCGUAUAUAGGUUUGAAGAAAAAAUUAAAACUUGUAUUUAAACAUUUAAUCAUUUUUGUCUUUUUUUGCGCUAUUAGAUGAAUAAAUAUAUUUCUCUACUUUACGAACAUUUAACGAAUGCUGCCGUAACAUUGUUUUGCCGAAAAUGAAGCAUCGUUUUAAAUAGUAAACAUAUAAACAAAUAUUGUCAAUAUACUUUAUUGAUAAAUGAAUAAAACGAUUUUCUGCAAAAGAAAUAUAUCCAGAUAUAUCAAAUGCAUGGUCACUUUAUAAUCAAGAAAGGAGAAUACUAUAGUUUUGUUGCAUAAACAAUAUUAGAUAAGAUUGUGUGUUUAUUGGCUUUGUGAUCCAAAGUUGUUGGUUUUUAACAUUACAAUCAUCGCCACACUUUAGUCGCAAUUAUUAUGGUCGAUACAUUUUAAGUAUAAUCUAUGUAUAACGAUGAAAAUUGAAUAUUGCGAGAAUUUGCGAAAACCUUCAACUUUUGUAUUUAUAAAUAAACGUAAAAUUAAAAUUA